CAUCAUUUCCGAUCUUCCCGUUUCAAAAUCUGGAACGUCAAAAUGUUUGAUGUGCCAUGGUUGACCUCAGCAGCAAAGACAUUCUCUGCUGUUCUAUUUGUCCUGUAUGUAGUGGUGCCAGUACUGGUCAAGACAAAUCCAUGGAUCUUCUCUAAAAUACUCUUCUUACAUUUCUUAAAGUUUCCCUAUUUUGUUGACCUGAAGCGUCCAGACAAGAGAGGAAUCAAAGGCUGUAAGAAUUUCUACAUCAAAGUCAAUGAAAAAGUUACAUUAGGUGCUUGGCAUACUAUACCACAACAGACAAGGGGAGAUAACCCAGACUUAAAGUUAAACUCAGGUCAUCCAAUCAUUCUAUAUCUCCAUGGAAACGCUGCCACAAGAGCACAGCCACACAGAAUAGAGUUAUACAAAGUUUUGUCUUCUAUGAAUUUUCAUGUGAUAGCCAUAGAUUAUAGAGGUUUUGGAGAUUCCUCAGGAACCCCCACAGAAGAGGGUGUAUUAGAAGAUACAUAUAGAACAUAUAAAUGGAUACGUGACAGAUCUGAUAAAGUCCCACUGUAUAUAUGGGGACAUUCUUUAGGGUCAGCAAUUAGUACCAAUCUACUUAAACACUUAAAUCAAAAAGGAGAAAGUGUUGAUGGUCUUAUUCUAGAAUCACCCUUCAACAAUUUAUGGGAUGCCUCAAGGCGACAUCCAAUGUCCUUGCCUUUCAGAUUUUUACCAUGGUUUGAGUGGGUAUUUAUAGACUCUAUGAAGAAAGUAGUUGAUUACUGUACGGAAGAUAAUAUUAUGGAAAUAGAUGAGCCAUUAUUAAUACUACAUGCUGCAGAUGACCAUAUAAUACCUGUACAAUGUGGAAGGGAGUUGCAUAAUAAAGUAGAACAGUUUAGAAAAGGAAAGGUUGGAAGAUCAUUUACUGUGUAUAAAGAAUUUGACAAACAUCUGGGAUAUAGACAUUGUGAAAUAUACAAAGAUCCAGAGUUACCUUCAAUUAUUAGAACUUUCAUGAAGAUGUGUAUAGAAAAGAAAUAAAUAGAUGAAUAUACUCCAAAGAGAACUGUGAUCUAUUUAUAAACAAUACUCUGAUGUUAUUGUGUUAUGUACUUUUUUAUUUUUAAAUGUAAGUCCUUUCAAAGAUCAUUCUUUAGUGUACCAUAGUUUUGUGUAUCUAGUUUAAAAGAGAGCUGGUCUUAUUGUUGUUUGUUGCUUAGUCCUCCUUUGGUAUA